AUGGAAGAAUCAGGGAAGAGAGGGACUGUGACCUCACUCGCCUCCCUGUUCCCAGUAGAGGAGGCGCAGAAGGCGGCGAAGCGCGUCGAAGACGCCAUUGCCGACAAGCGUUCCAAGCUCGAUCGCGUACGAGGUUUCAUUGCCGACAACAACAACCUCGUCAACCUUGUCCACAAACUACCCGAACAACUCUCCCACGACAUCAUGGUUCCGUUUGGGAAAGCAGCGUUCUUCCCUGGUCGUUUGAUUCAUACUAAUGAGUUCCUGGUUCUUUUGGGGGAAGGGUAUUAUGUCGAUAGAACUUCGAACCAAACCGUUGAGAUUUUGCAGCGAAGAGGGAAGUCCUUGGAUUCGCAGGUUGAUUCCCUUGAGGCCAAUAUCAAGGACCUUGAAGCAGAGGCUUCGUUUUUCAAUGCCACAGCUUCUCAAGUAGCGGAGGGUCUUGUGGAGAUAAGGGAAGAUUAUGUAGAGGAAGACUCUAAUGAAGGGGAAUCCAAAUCAGGUCAACCGCGAGAAGAUGGUCCUAAUUUGGGAAAUGCUGUGGCUAAUGAUGGGGAAUAUGCUCGUAUGCUGGCAAUAAUGGAUGAACUUGAGAAAGAAGAGCUUGCUGCAGAAAGUGGCAAUCACAGUGAUGAAAAUGAUGAAAGUACUGGUGAUUUUGACGGAAUGUCUAAUCAAGGACAUAUUGAUAACAAUCUCCAAAAUUCAAAACUCAAACAGGAUUCUCGUCAAAGAGCACUACUGGAUCAGACUAAUAAUAAAAUUAUAACAGCUGAGCUUCCAGAAAAGCGAUAUCAUAAAGAAGAUACAACUAAUCAGAUGAAUUUUGCUAGCCUGGGAGUGCAAUCUACAGCAAGAGAAGGGGAAAAUUUUGUAGAAUCCAUUGAUCCUAGUGAAAAGAUUCCUGUUCGUUCUAAAGAAAAACCAGUUCAAUCAACCGUGACAUUAAAAACUGAGGUUCGACACCAAACUUCACAACCAUCAUUUGACAGUCGCAAGGCUUUUACUGGCUCUAUUAUAGAGCAUACUGAGAAUAUACAAAGACCUUCAAGAGAACAAAGUUCUGUUUCAUCACAGGGUUCUGGUUCUCAAUCUUCAAAACCAGUUUCCAGAUUCAAGAUGCAUAGAAGAUAA